AUGUAUGUUAAGAAGUUUGAAGAUAUGGCUGCUUAUUCUAGACAGGCCGUGUAUACACCAAAUGAGAUGUGGAAAAUUGGUAAGUUCCUUUUUGGUUUAAGAAGUGAAAUUUCUCAUAGUAUUUCUCAGAGAGAAUUCACUACUUAUGCUGCAUUGCUAAGGCAAUGCUAUGUGGCUGAGAAUAGUUUGAAGAAGAGGGAGGGACACAUGGCUAGGGAUUGGCCUCAGGAUAAGAAUCAGAUGCAAGGGAGGAACAUCGAUCGAGUUUAUACCUUGGAUGCAAGGAAGGCUAAGAGCAACAAUGCUUUGAUGGCUGGUACAGGUCUCUUCAAUGGUCAUCCCUAUUUUGUAUUGUUUUAUUAUGGGGAAACAUACUCUUUUGUAUCAAUUAAAUGUAUGAAGCAUCUUGGCUUGCAAGCAAUUCCUUUAUCUCCUCCUAUGGUGGUUACUACCGCCAUGUGUGAUGUGGUUGAGACACCGUUAAUUUGUGAAAAUUGUUCGCUUUCGGUGAAUGGUAGAAUUUUCCAGAUUGAUCUUAUUUGUUUACCACUUAAGAAGGUUGAUGUGGUCUUGGGGACGGAUUGGCUUUCCGCCAAUUCAGUGUUUAUUGGAUGUGAAGAGAAGUUAAUCAUGAUUCCAUAUAGUGAAGCUACUCCAAAGGAUGUAUUAACUACUAUCUUGGAAGGUACGGUUGACAUGGUUAAUUUCUUAUUUGAGAAGGAAAAGUCAGUUCUCUUGGUUCUCACCAAGGAACCUAGUGACAAUCUGAAAGUUACAUAA